AUGCUGAACCACUCCACCGCUCAAAUACUCUCUCUUUUCCGCUCAGAUGAAAUCCGCCGAGCUUCGCCGGACUUCGAUCACUGGACCUCACUCAUUUCGCAGAUAGAGAAUUCAUCUCCGGAUGACAUAGAGAAACUAUGCUCAGUGUAUGAUUCUUUUCUGGCCGAGUUUCCGUUGUGCCAUGGAUAUUGGAGAAGGUAUGCUGACCAUAAGAUGCGCCUAUGCUCCAUUGACAAAGUUGUUGAGGUCUUUGAACGAGCUGUGCAGGCUGCAACCUACUGCGUUCCGCUGUGGCUGGACUACUGUGUCUUCAGUAUCUCCUGCUUCGAAGAUCCAUCCGAUAUUCGCAGACUAUUUAAAAGAGGCAUGUCAUUUGUUGGGAAGGACUAUGCGUGCUAUACUUUGUGGGACAAGUACAUUGAAUUUGAGUAUUCUCAGCAGGAGUGGAGUUCGCUGGCUCAGAUUUACAUCCAAGCUCUUAGGUUCCCUACCAAGAAGUUGCAUGUUUACUAUGCAAGUUUGAAGAAGUUGGCUACCUUGUUUGAAGAGGAGAUGAAAAGCCAGAGUAAUUCUACUGUGGAUUUGCAUUUCGAAGCUGUAGUUGAUGGUGAAGUCCCCAGGUUUUUUGGAGAUGAUGAAAUUUCACUUGUAGUUAAAGACCUUCUAGAUCCAGCAAUUGGCCCAGGAAGGUCAAAAGCACUGCAAAGAUACAUAUAUAUCGGGGAACAGUUGUAUCAAAAAGCAUGCCAACUUGAUGAAAAGAUUGGUGCUUUUGAGAUUAAUAUAAAGAGGUCUUACUUCCAUGUGAAGGAGCUUGAUGCUGGUCAGUUGGAGAAUUGGCAUCGGUAUUUGGACUAUGUUGAGAUGCAAGGCGAUUUUGAUUGGGCGGUGAAGCUUUACGAGAGGUGUUUGAUUUCCUGUGCUAACUACCCUGAUUUUUGGAUGCGUUAUGUGGAUUUCAUGGAAAUCAAUGGAGGAAGAGAGAUUGCAAACUUUUCUCUUGACCGAGCAACCCAAAUAUUUGUGAAGAGAGUGUCGGUGAUUCAUCUCUUGAAUGCCAGGUUUAAGGAGCAAAUAGGAGAUAUGCUUGGUGCUCGUGCAGCUCUUCUUCAAUUUAAUGCAGAGUCAGAUACACAUUUUGUCAAGAAUGUUAUCUUAAAGGCUAACAUGGAAAAACGUACGGGAAAUUUCACAGCAGCUUCCACUAUAUUCAGGGAAGCUCUAGCAAUGGCUGCACAGAAGAAACAGUUGCAUACUCUUGCUAACUUAUAUGUUCAUUUCUCUCGGCUUACAUUCAUGAUGAGUGAUAGUGCAGAUGCUGCACGAGAUGUCUUGAUAGAUGGUAUCAAACAAUUGCCUCACUGCAAAGUACUUCUAGAGGAGUUGAUAAAGUUCACAAUGAUGAAUGGAGGGACGCAGCACGUAAAUAUGGUAGACUCUAUUGUAGCCCAUGCGAUAUCUCGGGAAUCUGGAGUAUGUGCUGGUCUGGAUGCAAAAGAUGCUGAGGAUAUUUCAAGCUUAUUUUUAGAGUUUGUUGACCUCUGUGGAACCAUCCAUGAAGUAAGAAAGGUGUGGACUCGGCAUGUACGAUUGUUCCCCUCUUCCCUUAGGACAACUUCCUUGGCUCAGCAGUCUGCCUUUAAUGUUUCUGAUCAGCAAGCUACAUUUACAAAGUCUUCACAUUUUCCUAGAGAAAAGGAGGAAACUUUUGUUGUGCCUCAGCAGCCAUCUAGAGAUUGUACUUCUGACUCCAUGAUUGAGCUCCCAUUAUAUGAUGAGGAAAUGUUAUUCCCAGAAAAUCAAAUUACAGAGUGUGGCCAGGAUCCCACACACCAGCUAUCAGACCAGACAUUGCCAUCAAAACAACCUGAAAAUCUACAGGAAAGAUUGCAGCUUACAUCUCUGGAAAUUUCAAAAGAGCAGUCCCCAGAUAAUGCACCAGAAGCAAAUAUGUCCUCCAUAGAAGAAGUGAAUGUGGUAUCACAGGAAGUAUCUGCUGAGGCCCCAGAUGCCCCUCUAGCAGAAGUGAAACAGGUAUCUACGGAAGUUUCUGAAGUGGCUACACAAAAUACCCAUAUAGCAGAAGUGAAAAAGGUAUCUCGGGAAGUUUCCAAGGAGGCCAGAGAAGACAUCCCUGAACCCAAGAUGUCAUCUGUAGAAUUUGGAUUUCAAGUUGCUGAAGGAAAUGAUUCGAUAGAAUCUUCACAAGCAAACACCAUGGGCAGCAAUGUUGAUCAGGAGUGUGACUAUAAGAGUGAACAAGACCCAAAGCCACUGUCUUUGGAAAGGCUUUCUUUGAAUUCCCAGGAAAAUACAAAUUUGGAUCUAAUACCCUCCACUUGUCCCAAGUCUGAAGCUUCUCCAGGAACCUACACUUCAAACGGAAAGAAGCUAGAAAGUAAUCAAGAGACUUAUAUGCACAGCCCAAGAAAUUCAAGAUUGUCAGAAUCAGCUGGAAAUGAAGCAGCUAGUGGUAUGCCUAUCCCUGUGUUUUCUCAGCCACAUGCAAAUAGUUAUGGAGACAGGAGUCAAACUAAUCGUUCUGAUAAAGUUGGUAAAGAGUCAAACUUUGGGUUUCGAAUGCAGUUACAAAGAAAAUCACUUCCACAGCAGCGUGUUCCUCCACAGAAAUACCUGCGAACUGAAGCCGGUAAUCCAAUGCCUGCAAGUCAAGGUCACACUUCUAUAUUUGCACCUUCGCAAAACCAGCAAAUUCAGCAAGGCAGCCAGCAGGCUCAGCAUCACAAUCAGUAUCAGGUUGCAAGUGCUCAUGCUAAUUUAACAGCACCUAAUUCCGGGCCUAUACCUAAUGUACAAGCCGCCAAUGAUGCCUCUUCAUCUCAGCCCCCAUUGCCUGUCCAACCUGUUGCUCCACAGAUGCCUCAGUCAUCAGUAUUAGGCAAUGGGCAGUACGCAACGCAGAAUACCUAUUAUCAGAUGUGGCAAUAUUAUUACUACCAGCAACAGCAAUCCCUUCUGCAACAACAGCAGCAGCAUCCGCAGCAGCAGCAGCAUCCGCAGCAGCAGCAGCAGUUGUUAUUACAACAGUAUCAACAGCAGCAACUUCAACAAUAUUAUGUUCAGAUGCAACAGCAGCAACUUCUUUUCCAACAACAGCAGCAAUUUCAACCAACACAGCAACAAGUUCCUUUGCAACAACAGCAACAACUUCCUUUGCAACAACAGCAGCAAUCUCAAGUACUAAAGCAGCUUCCGUUGCAAGAACAGCAGCAGCUUCAACAACUACAGCAACAACUUCAGCAAUUUCAGCAACCACUUCCUAUGCCACAGCAACAACAGUUUUUAUUGCAACAACAAUACAAUCAGCAAUUGCAGUUACAACAACAGCAUCCAUUCUACAUGCAGAAGCAUCAACAGCCAGUCCAACAACAAUCACAUCUACAGGAACAACAUCAAAUCAGUCGGUCAUCAAUUCAGCAAAACUACUCCCACCAUCAGGAUCAAGCAGGUGUAGUACAAAAUUCAGAUGUGCACGGUGGGACAGUAUCCUCCUUAUCUCCUCACUCCCCAGUAGAAUCUCCGCAGAAGUGAAGGCAGUUGCAAUUUGCUUUAUGUCUUCUUUCGGAGAGUUGCAAUCUCUACUCGAAUGCGGUUCAUGUACAAAAGUAAAUCUUAAAACUGGGGCUUGAUAUAUAUAUUCCCGCCUUCUAUUUUAUUUAAAUUGUAAUCUUAAUGUCAUUGCCAUUCCGACCAUGGACGAGCCAGGGCUCUGCUCCAUAAUUCGAUCUUCGAUUGCCACCAGGCCGACUAGUAUCUAUUACCGUUCGUAAAUACUCUACUUCACC